AUGUCGAAAGCUUCAAACGGAACCUCAGCCUACGCGUCUGAUGACUAUUCUGAAGACAAUAAAUCUAAUUCUUCUGCUUCAGAAUCUUCUUUUGAAGAGGAAUUAAAGAGUAGCAACGACCAUACAGAAGUAGAAAGUUUGGAAAGAUUUAACGAAUCCAAUGGAAAAACCUCAGCAUUGGUAUCGACGCUAUUCGAUAUACCCAUAGUUAAUCACUCUUACCAAACUGUGAAGACAUAUAAAUUCGGUCGUAUGACUAUCGAUUUUGCUGAUGCUGGUGCGCGUAAAGUUACCGAAUUUGUUCCCGAAAAGUUUAACGACCACAUUGAAAAGGCAGACAGAAUUGCCGCCGAAUCCGUCCAACGUUUUAGUACGAUUAUAACGCAACCUACUGAUAAAAUCUUUAGAACCGUUAGUUGCACGAUUGAAAAUAAUAUUACUACUCCGGGAAGUCGUUUUGUUGCCAACUUUGAUUCUCGACUCGCUCCUUUUGUCGACGUAUUUGAAGAUUUACUUCAAAAAGUGAUCCCUGAUGAAAAUGCUCAUACCAGUAGAGAUAUUCAGAAUGAUCAACAACUUGAGCAAUUGAGUCAAACGCUCAGAUGUUUCCAAAUUGCUUUUGACACAAGUAAUCGAUGUGUUGAAAAAGUAAAGAAACAACUUACUACCGUUCAGAAUCCUGAUAUUGCGGUUACUCUUCAUGCUCAUUUGCAAAGUAUCUCUACCGUGAUUCUUGGUUUUCUAAACAAGGAUGAGGAUCUUUCGAGUGCUGUACAAGCAAGAAUCAUUGAGUUAUCAACUGCUCUUUUGGCUGUAACUGAUACUAUUUCCAAUUAUGUCAAAUUAAAUGCUGAACAUUUUCCUGAAUAUCUUCCCGAGUAUCUUCAAGAACGUCUCAAGCCAUUGGUAGUCUUUUUUGGACAAGGUUACGUUGAAAUUGUCAAUGAAAUUAAGAAUGGUGAAGGCAGUCCUCUUGAUAAAGCAAAAAAUAUUGUCCAACUAACCACAAACCAUACUCUACCUUUACUUCGCGGUUCUCUCUCUGAUUUACAAGAAGCGUUUCAGUGGUAUAAGAACUCAUUGAACACAUCAUUCCACAACACUACGGAAACAUUUAUGAAUAAAUUGAAUCAAACAACACAAAUUCUUAACGUUAAAUAA